AUGACAUUCACUAAUAUGUGGAGGAAGGGAUAUGAUCCAUCUCCCGCUGCUGAUUUCAACAAUUUCAUCUACGAAGCGAAUCUUGCAGAAUAUUGUAUGAAUGGGUUUAAGUUUACGAGAUGGCUGGAUGGAGGGAACAAACUCAACAAACUUGAUCGGAUGUUGGUGUGCGAGCGGUUCUGGGGCUUAUGGCCGACAGCUUCGCUCCGGGCUCUUCCACGGGAGCUUUCGGAUCAUUGUCCGUUAAUUUUGACCACGACUUCUACGGACUCUGGUCACAUUCCUUUCAAGUUCUUCAACGCAUGGCUCUCUAAGCCGGGUCUUGAUGAACUUGUCAGAUCGACUGUUUGUGCUUUUGUUUUUACAGGUCCACUUGAUUUAUUCUUGGCAGAAAAAUUAAGACGCAUUAAAGAAGCAAUAAAAAGUUGGAACAAAGCAAACAGGAGGAAGGAGGGUAAGGUACUCAAUGCUUCAAUCGCUGAAAUCCACCGACUGGAUCUUAUAUGCGAGUGCACGAAUCUGACAGAAUCGGAAGCGACGUCUUAUCUUGAACAUAAGAAGAUUGUCUCCUCCAUAAACGAUGAUAGGCUCAAGGAUCGUCAUCAAAAAUCUCGGAUCAAAUGGGCUAUUGGUGGGGAUGAAAAUUCUGCUUUCUUCCAUGGCUACAUAAACAGCAGAAUAUCAAAAAGUAGACUAAACGGUCUCUUGAUUGACGGUGUUUGGUGCAACGUGUAA